AUCACUUGUUUUAUUAUCAUCAUCCUAAAAUGAAGCAACUGGCAAUGAUUAUCGCUAUAUUAUUGGGACUUUUUCAUGAGCUGAAGUGGACGUGGGUUGUUAAUGAUAUUUUGGGUAUUGCAACAUGUUACAUUAUCAUUGCACGUACUGAAACAGCAAGUUAUUUCGCUGGCUUCAUAUUUCUCAUUGGGAUGAUUUUGUUUGAUAUAUUUUGGUUUUACUGUAUCGAUCUUUUCUCAGUGGUGACGAUGAACUCUCGUACACCGAUUAUGUUAAUCAUUCCAGUGGGAAAAGAAAGAAGACCCGUUAGGACUUCAACUGUUGACAUUGUAGUUCCAGGGAUUUUCCUAAAUAUUAUAUUGAAAUUUGCGGAAAUGUACGAUACCGAAGUAUUCUUUCUAUCAUUUUACGCUUGUAUUUUCGGUAUGUUGAUCACUGCAUUGAUUAUUUUUUUGCGAAGAAAAUCAACACCAGCAAUAGUCCUUCCGGGAAUUUUUGCCAUAUUAGCUUCUAUGCUUAGUGUUGAAAAUCCAUCCAAUUUAUGGCGAUUUGGAAUUAAACAUUAAAUACUUUCAAGCAUCGACCAGCAGAAAAUAUCUUUUUAAUAUCAGUAUUUAAAUAAAACAGUUAGCUAUCCAC